AUGCAUGUGAAAGCCGAGACAGUCUUAGCACUGCUUACACCCGCUCCACCUUCGGUUGUCGGCCAGCAUGUUGUGGACUUGAGUGGAGAUGGCUGGACUCUCAGCAGCACAGCCUUAAAUAGGACCGUGCCAGGCCAUCUUCCUUCUCAAGUGCACCUGGACCUGUUUGAGGCAGGUGUUAUUGAUAUCAUGGCCUCAAUGAUUUUAACCUUCGUUGGAUUGCGGAUGCCAAUUGGACGUAUACCAGCAACCCGAUUAAAGGCCUAUUUCGAGUCCACAUGGCUUGUCUUUGAUGGACUGGACACUUUCGCAACAAUCACCUUCUGUGACCAGCAUGUUGGUUCUACUGAUAACCAAUUCCGUCAACACCAUUUCGACGUAUCUCAGAUCCUGAAAGAAUGUAAACAAGAUCCGGUGCUGAGGAUCAAUUUCGGGAGCGCCCCAAAUAUUGCAAAUACGAUUGCAAAGAGCCCCGAUGCGGAAGAAUGGCCUCCCGGUGUACAAAUCACCAACGAGUACCCAAACCGUUGGUAUAUUCGCAAAGAGCAAUCAGACUUCGGAUGGGACUGGGGCCCUGCCUUUGCGCCAGUUGGACCAUGGAAGCCCUCAUACAUUGUUCAAAACGGCCAUGCUGAACUCUACGUUCUCAACACUGACAUAGACAUCUACCGACAAGGCCAGAUCAAUUAUCUGCCUCCUGACCAGAGCCAACCUUGGAUUGUCAAUGCGAGUAUCGACUUCUUAGGUCCUGUGCCAUGUAAACCUUCUAUGUCGAUCGAGAUCAAAGACGCUGCGACGGGAUCAGUCCUCUCUUCAGGACUCCUCCAAAACGUUACGGUCUCAGGAAAAUCGAUUACAGGGACCACGACCAUUGAUGGCGAUGCUCCAAAGCUAUGGUGGCCCAGUGGCAUGGGCAAACAGAACUUGUACAACGUGACCAUCACUGUGCAGAAUGAUAUGAAAAAGAGCCUGGCCAAGGUCACCAAAAGAACUGGAUUCCGUACCAUCUUCCUUAACCAAAGGAAUAUCACUGAUGACCAGCUGGCCCAGGGAAUUGCACCUGGCGCCAAUUGGCACUUUGAGAUCAAUGGAUACGAGUUCUAUACCAAAGGGUCGAACAUUAUACCUCCGGACGCCUUCUGGCCGCGGGUGACGCAAGCUAGAAUGGCACGAUUGUUUGACGCAGUAACGGCGGGAAACCAGAACAUGCUUCGCGUUUGGGCCUCUGGUGCAUAUCUCCAUGACUUUAUUUAUGACCUCGCCGAUGAAAAGGGUAUCUUACUCUGGAGCGAGUUUCAGUUCAGCGACGCACUUUACCCCGUUAAUGAUGCAUUUUUGGAAAAUGUCGCAGCCGAGGUGGUCUACAAUGUCCGUCGAGUAAACCACCACCCAUCCCUAGCUCUGUGGGCCGGCGGUAAUGAGAUCGAGAGCUUGAUGCUUCCAAUGGCCAGGAGAGCGGAUCCCACGGGAUAUUCCAAGUACAUUGGGGAGUACGAAAAGUUAUACAUCAGCCUGAUCUUGCCCCUCGUGUACGAGAACACACGGUCGAUCACAUACAGCCCCAGCAGCACAACUGAAGGGUACUUGUAUGUCAAUCUCUCUGCGCCUGUGCCGAUGGCAGAAAGGUACUCGAAUACUACCCCGGGCUCAUACUAUGGCGACACGGACUAUUACAACUACGACACGAGCGUCUCCUUCGACUAUAAUCACUAUCCCGUCGGCCGGUUUGCGAAUGAAUUCGGUUUCCACAGUAUGCCUAGUUUGCAGACCUGGCAGCAAGCUGUUGACCCCGAAGACCUUCAAUUCAACAGCAGCGUGGUGGUGCUCCGCAAUCAUCACUACACUGCAGGAGGCUUGUUCACUGACAACUUCAAGAAUUCGUCCAAAGGAAUGGGUGAAAUGACGAUGGGCGUGGAAGCAUACUAUCCAAUACCCAGCAAAUCCGACUCUGUUGCCAACUUCAGCGCCUGGUGCCACGCAACGCAACUCUUCCAAGCCGAUCUGUACAAGUCCCAGAUUCAGUUCUACCGCCGAGGCAGCGGAAUGCCAGAGCGUCAGCUAGGGUCGCUGUACUGGCAGUUAGAGGACAUCUGGCAAGCCCCGACUUGGGCGGGAAUCGAGUACGAUGGCCGGUGGAAGGUUCUUCACUAUGUGGCCAGAGACAUCUACCAACCUAUAAUUGUGUCGCCCUUUUGGAACUACACUACCGGUCGCUUGGAAGUGUAUGUGACAUCCGACUUGUGGGAGCCCGCGCAGGGCACGGUGAACCUGACCUGGGUUGAUCUCUCAGGCAAGUCUAUUGCUAACAAUGCCGGCACCCCCGAAACUGUCAGCUUCACUGUUGGUGCCCUCAACACGACCAACAUUUACACUACCAAUAUCUCUGAGCUUUCGCUGCCUGAUUUGAAAGACUCCAUUCUCAUCCUUUCUCUUUCUGGGGAGGGACGUCUUCCGAACGCCAGUAGUAAAAAGGCAUUUGUCCACCAGAACCAUUUCACGCCGGUCUUUCCCAAAGACCUCUCCUUGAAGGAUCCAAAGCUCGAAGUCUCGUACAGCCCGGAAAGUAGGAAAUUUACGGUCCAGGCUACCGGAGGGGUUUCCCUUUACACUUGGCUCGACUACCCGGCAGGUGCAGUAGGAUACUUUGAGGCGAAUGCGUUUGUACUGCUUCCGGGGGUUCCAAAGGAGGUUUCCUUUGUAGCCCAGGAAGGGAAUGUCACAGAUGACUGGCUGCAGAGGGUGACAGUGCAGAGUCUCUGGGAUCAGAAGGUGAGGGACUAG